AUGUCCCUGCCAAUGUCCCCAGUCAAAGAAGAACCCAAACUCAAGCCGAGGCCCGUCUCCCUUGUUCGGGUCGAUGAAGAUGGCACUCUCCUCGAUGCUGUUGAAGCUGCUGGCCGCCCUUAUAUCGGCGUCAGCGAAGACGGCGCAAUCAUACAUGGUCCCCCAGUCACAACUGCUGUCCCUCUCCGCUCAGACCUUGACAGCUCCCGUGUUGAUUGUCAGAGCACCCCUUUCCGUCGUGAUGGGGCUCCUCACCAGUUCUCCGGCGUAGGCCCUACCUCGCCCGCCCCCGCGUCCGACAGCCAAUCUAGUCAGAAUAAUCUCAAUUAUCACGGUCUCCAAGUCAUUAUCAAGACCAUGCACCAACAACAGGCAGAGCUCCAACGAGGGCAAAUCGACCCCCCCAAACUCCCACUCUUAUCCUCUCUCUGCACCUCCCCCCUUGGUGUUGUACGCCAUCUCCAAGACCUUGCCAACUAUUUCGCCAAUUACUCCUCCCGUUUCCUGGCUGGCAACCGUGUUACUCCUCAAUGGCAAGUCACUCAAGCCAACAGGUCUAUCGCCAAAGUCGACGCAUACCAUUCAUGGUCUAUGGCUAUUGGCGCCACAUGCGCUACGUGGGAUCACUGGCGCCGAGAGUUUAAGAAGAAGGCUCUUUCGUCCAACUGGGAGGCAGACACCAGGCGGGUGUUUGAGGGACUCCAGUGCCAAGGGACUUCGAUGGCGGCAUGGGAGGCUUUUGAGGAGAAGGCCGGCGAAUGCCAGAUGAUCUUGAGCGACUGCCUUGGCCUCUCACCGAGGCGGACAUGCGACAAAAGCUCCUAUUCGGCCUUCCUCCCCAUAUCUACAUGCGUGUUGAGGACACCAUCGCCAAUCGUUGUCUCAACUCCAACGCUAUGUCUCUUCUGGUCCUCCGCACUAUCAUCAAGCAUGCUUUCCAAAUGGAGACUCCUACCCCAGCUGUUGCCGCCUAUCACCCACCAAGUUGAUGGUUGGAUCACUAUCAGGAAGCUCCUGGACGGAGCCACUGACGCUGGUAUCCGUGCCAGGGCCUUUCUUAAGCAGAACGACCUUUGUUACUGGUGUCGAAAAGCGGGUCAUCAGAGCAAGCAGUGCCCUGACAAGGACGCAGUGAUCGCCAACUUCAACCUUGACAACGAUGAAGAUGCGGAGAGAUUCUACCGAGCCCUUGAAGAAGACCUCAACAACAACGACCAUUCGUCAGUCCCUCUCAUCACUGUUGACAUUGGUCUCUCGGCUGACUCUCCCAUCGCUACAGGUCUCUUUGAUCCUGGUGCGGCAAUCAACACCGUCAGCAAGAGUUUUGUCCAAACGGUGGGGUUGAGGACGGAGAAAGUGAAACCAUUGAAAACCCAGAUGGCGGAUGGGCGACCUGGACCGCAUGUUGAUACCAGAGUCAGGAUGGAUGUUUUUAUUGGUCCAACUCUUUACAAGAACUCGUCUUUCCUCAUCAUCCCCACUUCUCGUCACGUCAAUUUCAUUCUUGGGCUUCCCUUCUGUCUCCAACACCGUUUGCUGGAAGGUGCUACGCGGCUUGCCAAACUCAUGGCUGAAGGUUGUUCUGUCUACGCUCAGUCCCAGUAUUCUCACAUCGGCUCCCUUACUGUGGACAAUCCCAGCUUGCAGCCUACAGUUGUUCCUUCUCCUCACCGUCAGCAACAAGCAGAGGCAAUCCGAGCUGAUUUCGCCGAUGUCCUCCCUAAUGACAUAGGCAAAGUUGACAACUAUCCAGAGCUCAGAAAGCAUAUGAGGCACGCAUCCAACUACUUGCACGUGGGAAGCCUCCCCAUCCUCUCCUUGCGCUGUCUUGGGUCUGGGAUUGGACUCCCCAAGCUCAUCGCGCUUUUGUGA